AGGGCAAAAUGGCAGCACCGCAGCUCUCCGGACUCUCAGUUCAUCGUGCCCUGAAAGUGUCCGAUGGGGCGGCCCCGAUGUCGGAGAGGGUUGACUGGUUACAAAGCCGAACUGGAGUUUGCCAAGUUUAUGUCUAUUCCCCCGGGGAUGACCAACUCCAGGACUGGAAAACGGUAACCUCACGUGAUCCCAUCAGAGUGCUCAGCUGGCUCCGCAGAGACCUGGAAAAAAACACAGCAGGGCUCCAAGAUGUUAGAGUCAAGCCUGGAGAAGCAUCAUUUGGUGGGGAAAUGGUCAACUCAGGAGACCAACGCAAAAGUUUCUGUGUGGACUAUUAUAACACCACCACCAAGGGCAGUCCAGGGAGACUGCGUUUUGAGAUGAGUUACAGAGAGAACCCUUAUCAGGGCCCCAGUGCCCACGUUGGUAACAUGAGCUCAGUAGACGAAGUUUCCUUCUACGCCAAUCGCCACACAAAUCUCGUCAUAGUCAGUGCCCGCAAGGAGAUCAACAAGAGGAUUGACGGCUCUGAGAACAAAUGCGUCCAUCAGUUAGUGUCCGUGGGGGAUAAGCCUUCACCCAACAAAAGCCUGAGCAAGGUGGCAUCAGAGCUGGUGAACGAGACUCUCUCUGCCUGGUCCAAAAACUCCACCUCGGAUAAGGCUCCUGGCUCCUGUGACAGAGACUCGGGAACAUUACAGAGUCCCCUGAAUUUAAAAUACAAAAGCGCUUUGAAGAUCAAGGACAGCACCAAGGAAAGCAGGAGUCCAGACGACAAGCCUUCUUCUAAGAAGACUUUCUUCUAUAAGGAAGUGUUUGAAUCUUGUAACGCAAGCGAUGCCACAGAGGGUGGAAGGUCCUUACCCGCAGAGGGAGAGAUGUUCGGAGAGCAGGAAAGGCCCAAUGACUUCACAGCUUCUGUCAGUCAAGAGAUCAUCACCUAUGUUAACCGUGUGGUGUCUGAUAUGAUGGUCUCCAUCAUGAAGACACUCAGGAUCCAAGUGAAGGACACGACCAUUACCACCAUCCUGCUGAAGGAGGUCCUGGUCAAGCACGCGAAAGAGGUGGUCUCAGAUCUCAUCGACUCCUUCAGGAAGAACCUCCACGACGUCACAGGGGCCCUCAUGACUGAUACGGGCUUUGUCUCGGCCGUGAAAAGAAGUCUCUUCUCUCAUGGAAGCCAGAAGGCCACAGAUAUCAUGGAUGCCAUGCUGGGUAAACUCUACUCGGUGAUAUUUGCCAAGAAACCUCCUGAGACUGUCAGGAAAACCAAGGACAAGUCUGAGAGUUACUCCCUCAUGUCCAUGAAAGGAAUGGGUGACCCUAAAAACCGAAACAUCAACUCUGCAUCUGUGAAAUCUAAAGGUAAAUCGAGGGAAAAAAUCUGCUCUCCUGCACCCAAACCCGAGAAGGAGAAGACUUGUGUUGAAACUCUGGGUGAGCACAUCAUCCAAGAGGGACUAUCCCUGUGGCAUAAAAAUCAGCAGGAAGAAGGAAAAUCUCCAGGUUUCCAGUGUGCACCGUGUGUAGCUUCCAACAAACAGUAUAAACCUGCACCAGACUUUCCCUUGGGAGUUCUUUUCGAUCCUUGCAACCUCAGUCCGUCUAUGCAUCACCAAGAGAAACCGGAGAAUUUUAUGUAUGAUUCAGACUCCUGGGCCAAGGACCUGAUCGUAUCUGCCUUAUUUCUGAUUCAGCAACACCUGGCCCAGGGGGGAAGCAUGGAUGCACAGAGUUGCCUUAAAGCUGCUGGCAGCACCAACUUGCAGGCCAAAAAGUCCCCUGCAGUUUCUGAUGAGUCCGGCCUUAGGUCUCCUCAUAUGGGGGUUGACCAAGAAGAAGCAGAGAAGAAGGAUCUAAUGAGCGUUUUCUUCAACUUCAUCCAGAACUUACUCGGUGAGACCAUUUUCAAGAGCGACCGUAGCUCUGAACCCAAGCCAACUAAGGAAGAAGAGAGUCCCCAGUGUGAAAGACCUGUAACUCCUCCCAUCAAAUUAAAUGAAGGCGAUGAGGCUGGAGGUACUUUUGCUGGGCUGACCAAGAAGGUUGCUAACCAGCUAGAUGACCACGUGAACGGGCAAAUGGUAGAACAUCUGAUGGACUCAGUGAUGAAGUUGUGUCUCAUUAUUGCCAAGUCCUGUAACUCUCCGUUGGCAGAACUAGGACAUGAUAAGUCUGGGGAUACCAACUGGCCAACUUCAGCCUCCCCAGAUAGCUUACAUGAGUGUUUGCCAACCAAGGGCACAGGGACAGCAGAGAUCCUCCUGAAGAAUGCUUAUGAAGCUAUCUAUAACGAAGGUUUAUCAGGACAGCCUGAAACGGUUCAGAACAAGCAACUCCGAGCCGUUCUUCAAUGGAUGGCCGCCUCUGUGCUCCAUGUCCCCGUUUUUUACUUUGGAGAUCACGGUGACGGAAUCCAGGAGAAGCUACUUCAGCUCUCGGCAGCCGCCAAGGAAAAAGGGUGCAGCGUAGGUGAGGUUCUGCAGUUGGUGCUGCGCUAUGAGAAGGAACGACAGCUGGACGAGGCGGUGGGCAACGUCAUGUGGCUGCAGCUGCUGGACUGGCUGAUGGUGCACCUGUGA